UGCUCGGUAUGUGGGUCUGUAAGUGACCGACUCAGUUCUGGAAGUGCUAGAUCUCUUGACUUCUAUGGGCUCAACCUCCGCUUGGAUUACCUGCAGUUCAUCCUCUAACACGCGGAGGCGUCCCCCUUCUUCUUCCAUAUCAAGCUUCGCUCUCUUUGCUGGCAACAUAUAUCUUGAAGUAUCCGUCUAACACUUACAUUGAAAAAUCUACGACUUACGGAAGGUGCCUAGUUACCAACUGGAGUGGAAAACAUUUUCAAGUCCGGAGGACUUGGAAUAUUAUCCAUGCUUAUUUCCGAAAAGCCACCAUGAAAAAAAAGCAUUGGCACAAAAGCAACACGCAAAACUCACUUUUGUGUAUCCGGCUGACGUCAUUGUUGAGAAAUGACGUUCGACACAUGUUUACUUGAGAGCAGCAAAUGUUUCCGAUUAGAUACAAUGCAACAAAGUGUGCCGCCAUUUCUGUAUUGCUUUCAAAUAUUAGAUCUGGGCCUAAUCUUUGCACUGACAAUCAUGUUUUCUAUCGAUAGAUAAUUAUGAGACUGACUUUACCUAAAUCUACAUGAAUGAAUUUUCUAUUGAAAGAUGACUAAUUCUGUUGUGAAAGAAUUUGCUACAUCAGACGAUGAAGUGUAUUUGAAGAAACUUGGAUACAGCAUAGGGACGACGAUCGGUGAGGGAUCUUAUGCAAAGGUAAAGAGUGCAUACAGCGAAAAACUUCAAAAGAGAGUCGCUAUGAAAAUAAUCAACAGGAGAAGCGCCCCAAAGGAUUUCAAAGAAAAGUUUCUCCCAAGAGAAUUGAAAUGCAUGAAAGCGGUGAACCACGUUCACUGUAUAAAACUCUUUGAAAUUAUUGAAUUCGAGCAAAAGGUGUACAUCGUCAUGGAGCACGCCGGCCACGGAGAUCUCCUGGAGUACAUCAAGCUUCGCGGAGCCAUUCCCGAGGACAGGUCAAGGGUCAUGUUCCGACAGAUCACAGACGCCGUGUCGUACCUGCACGGUAUCAACAUAGCCCACAG